AUGGCAAAGAAGCUCAAAUUUCUCGACCUUGCGGAUUGUCGAUACGUGGAAAAUACGGUCUUCCUCUCAGCUUUUAAGAAUUUAGAGGUUUUGAUCCUCACUGAUUGUUCAAGCCUACAGCAAGUUGACUCUUCGAUUGGAGACAUGAAGGACCUCGUUCGCUUGGAGUUGAGGCGCUGUUGUAGCCUCACGAAGCUUCCGGAAGAAAUAGAAGAAUUACCCGAUGGUAUUGGGAGGCUGAAAAAGCUCCGAGAAUUAGAUGCUUUUGAUUGCAAAAAUCUCAAAGGGGAAAUGCCAGAAAGCAUGGGGUCUUUGGAGAAUCUAGAAAUUCUAAAUAUUUCUCGGAGUGGUAUAAGAAAAUUACCCAAUGAUAUUGGGAGGCUGAGACUGCUCCGACAUUUAGAUGCUUCAUGGUGCCGUGAACUGGGAGGGGAAUUGCCAGAAAGCAUGGGGUCUUUGGAGAAUCUAGAAAUUCUAGAUAUUUCUGACGCUGGCAUAAAAAAAUUUCCCAAUGAUAUUGGGAGGCCGAGACGACUCCGAGAGUUACGUGCUUCACAUUGCAAAAAUCUCAAAGUGGAAAUGCCGUAA